UAGUUGUGGCGGCGGCGGCGACUGUGAAGGGGGAGGGGAGGGCUGCGAGGGCGGAACGUUACGCCACGCGAGACGGCACGGACCGAGCGUAGCGGACGGGGUCACGAACUCUGACCUCCCGGAGCCGCAGCCCCACCGGCAAAUAACCCUUAGGACCUAUAACUGUGCCGCGCCUGCCAGGAGUCUACUGAGAGUGAUUAUGCAUACAGGAAGUGGAAUUUAACAUUGGUACCUGAGGGAACAUCAGUGACUCAAGAUCAUGGCAACUAUUGAGGAACUGGCCCAUCAAAUAAUUGAACAGCAAAUGGGAGAGAUAGCACAUUCCCAAGGAUCUGUCACACAAACACUAAUGGAUGGGACAGCACAAAGAAUUCAGAUUGUUCCUGCUGAUACAGGCCUUUCCUUACCACAGCGGAUACAAAUUGUUACAGAUCAACAGACAGGGCAGAAGAUUCAGAUUGUUACAGCACUGGAUCAGACUGCAACAGGCAAGCAGUUCAUUUUAACAAAUCAUGAUACUCCAAGCAAAGUGAUCCUUGCAAGACAAGAUGCUACUCCAGGGAAGGUUUUUCUAACAACUCCAGAUGCUGCAGGGGUCAACCAACUGUUUUUUACAUCCCCAGAUAUAUCUACUCAACACAUUCAGAUUUUAACAGACAAUUCUUCUUCAGAACAGUCUCUGAAUAAAGUAUUUGACCUGUGCGUUGUUUGUGGAGACAAGGCAUCAGGACGUCACUAUGGAGCAGUGACAUGUGAAGGAUGCAAAGGAUUCUUUAAAAGAAGCAUACGAAAGAAUUUAGUAUAUUCAUGCCGAGGCACAAGAGACUGUGUGAUUAAUAAACAUCAUAGAAACAGGUGCCAGUACUGUAGACUGCAGAGAUGUAUUGCAUUUGGAAUGAAACAAGAUUCUGUUCAGUGUGAAAGGAAACCAGUUGAAGUAUCUCGAGAAAAGUCUUCAAAUUGUGCAGCUUCUACAGAAAAGAUUUAUAUCCGAAAAGAUUUGCGGAGUCCACUUACAGCAACUCCAACUUUUGUUACAGAUAGUGAAACAGCAAGAUCAACAGGAAUGUUGGAGUCUGGAAUGUUUGUGAAUAUUCAUCAGUCUGGUAUAAAGAAUGAGCCUGCAGUUUUGAUGACUGCAGAUAAGGUUGAAGCAUGUCAAGGAGAUUUAAGUACUUUAGCAAAUGUGGUAACAUCAUUAGCAAGUCUGAGUAAAUCCAAAGAUAUGACUCAAAGUAGUGCUGAGCUGUCCCUGAUAGAAAGCUUAAGCAAUGGAGACACAUCAUUGUCUGAACUCCAGCAAGAAGAGCAUGCAAGUACUGAUGUUACAAGGGCAUUUGACACUCUUGCCAAAGCAUUAAACCCAAGCGAAAGUGCAUCAUGUCAGAGCUCUUCGGAAAGCAUGGAAGCCAGUGCACGUUUGGUUGGUGAAGAAGCAAGUGUGAAUAUUGUUGAAAUAGAGGGUCCACUUCUUGGUGAUGCUCAUGUGGCUUUCAGGCUCACAAUGCCUUCUCCAAUGCCUGAAUACCUGAAUGUCCAUUACAUUUGUGAAUCGGCCUCCAGAUUGCUUUUCCUGUCUAUGCACUGGGCACGUUCUAUUCCUUCCUUUCAAGCUCUAGGGCAGGAUAACAGCAUAUCAUUGGUGAAAGCCUGUUGGAAUGAACUUUUUACACUUGGCCUUGCACAGUGUUCACAAGUAAUGAAUGUAGCAACUAUAUUAACAGCAUUUGUUAAUCAUCUCCAUAAUAGUUUACAACAAGAUAAGCUCUCAGCAGACAGAGGAAAGCUAGUGAUGGAACACAUCUUCAAACUGCAGGAAUUCUGUAACAGUAUGGUGAAGCUUUGCCUUGAUGGUUAUGAAUAUGCUUAUUUGAAAGCAAUAGUCCUCUUCAGUCCUGAUCACCCAGGCUUAGAAAAUGUGGUACAAAUUGAAAAAUUCCAAGAAAAAGCAUAUAUGGAAUUCCAGGAUUAUGUAACAAAAGUAUAUCCAGAUGAUACCUACAGGUUGUCUAGGCUGCUUCUCAGAUUGCCUGCUCUGAGACUGAUGAGCGCUGCUAUUACAGAAGAAUUAUUCUUUGCAGGACUAAUUGGAAAUGUUCAGAUUGACAGCAUCAUACCAUAUAUUCUAAGAAUGGAGACUGCAGACUACAACUCUCAAAUAAUUGGUCAUGCUGUAUAAAAGUUAAACCACGGAUUCUGUACCAUGGCAAUCAUGGUGGUUGUAAAUAUACAUUAUCUCCAAGAGAUAACAAGCUUUCCUAUGCAGUUAUAACAAGAAAAAUCUAUGAAGGUGCCGCUUCCUGCUUACCAAUGCAUUUGAGAAAUACAAUGGAAUAUCGUGAGUGGUACAGGAUAAUUUCCAUUUUAGCUGGUUUGAAGAACUUUGUACAUUACUUAAGAAUCUAAUGAAAAUCAAGACGUGUAGUUCAUCCUAUUUUUGUAGUUUAGCUAUACAUGAAACUUAUGAACCCCAAGCAAAUACACAAAAACUUGCCUUUUGAUAAAAGAUAAAUUGUUUAUCAAGGUGUUUCAACUAAUACUUUAGGAAAAAAAUAACUUCCCAAUGUUGUUUUUUACAGUUUCUUGUUUCUGAAAAUUCAUUGUGGUCUGUUUAGUGUAAGCAUGAAGUCCUGACAAAGCCAACUUAUGUCUGAUGUGACUCAAUUACAAAGUUUGGGAUAUUUUUCAUCCUCUGUAGACAGAACUUCUUUUUUUUUAUUUCAUGAACUAGUGUUUCUGUUAAAAUUGAGGGAGGGAAAUGGUGGAAAACUUUUAAAAAGUGGCUUGACAGCUUGCUAAUGCCUAAAACAAUGAUUACUCUUUACUACUGGAGUUCAUUUGAGUAAAAAAUAGUUGUUUUGCAGUUAUAACAGUGGCAAUUAUGAUUUGGGAGUAAGAAUUUGCUAUUCACUGACCUGAUUCCCAUGCAUGGAUGGUUUAACUCCACAAGCAUAACAAGCAUAUGUGAGCCUACAUACUGGUUCCUGACUAAUCCCACCAUGAUAAAAAGUCCAGGGAUGUUCUGACCCCCCAAUAAUUCAGUGUUCUGAGUUCAAACAACAUUUUAAACACCUUAGAGACAGAACAGCCUUGGAUUGUUUAUUGCAGUGGGAGAGUAUAGGCACAUGGGAAACAGCAUUCCCAUGGGAUUUUCAGCAACCCACAGUUUAUUAAUCAUGGGUUACUGAAGACAUGUAAGCCAGGUCCUUGUGUAUUUCAUGUCACCUAUGCUCAUUUUAUUAAUGUUUGUACCCAUAAAUAUAUUUAACUAAGAGUAAGAUUGGUUUAAACUUGGAGAUGCUCCUUUCUACAUUGUUCCUGAAACCUAUGACAUUAAAAUUUACCACUCUUAUUGACUGAAAUUACUUUUUAUAGCAGUCCUGUUUCUCCUUCAAGAUGACGAAUGAGUUUGAGUCUUGAGUUUUCACAGUACAAUUCAGAUAAGUUGAGAUAGCAUCUGAAAAGUUCAUAAACAAAUAAAUAAACUAUGAUGAACUGUAUGUUACAGAAUAACAUUCUGCUUUUCCUAAACAGUAGCGAUAAUAGAACCCUCAUUAUUACAAAUUUUAUGUUGGUGUGUUUCCUGCUUUGCAUCUUCAAACUGGUAAAACUUUUUCCAAGUGCACUUUGUGAUUCAUGAAAGGCUGCUUGCUCUUAAUUACUGUAGAGUACAGUAAUCUAUUUUUAACACAAAAUAUUCAUUUAGGGUGCAGUCCUAUGUCCCGUAUCCUCAAUGUGCAUAAGCCUCCAAACUUGCAAGCUUAUGCGCAUCCUGUGCCUGGAAUGAGGUUCAGUGGUGGCAGACCUCAUCACUGCUACAUUGCAUAUUUUCUCUAGAUGGCUAUUUAAUCUAGUUUUAAUGCAAAGGAGAGGGAUGAAAGGAGGCUGGUAACGCCAGUCAGAACCAACAUACAUCUAUAACCCCAGCCUCUUAUUCCUGUCCCCCAGCUCACCCCAUUUUCUCCCCUUCUAAGCCUAGUUAUGGCUGGAGCAGGGGAGAAGGGGCAGCCAGCACAGUAUUUUCACACUGACUCGGAAGAAGAUGGGAUAGGACAGAGGUUCUGCAUUUGGAGUCCCAGUUCUUAGGUUGUAAGACCUUGGAGUUGAAACUCCAGAUAAUCCUAUGGCCUCCUUGAUGUCAGGAUUGCUCCCUUACUGUAUCAACAAAGAGUUGCCCAUUGUUUGGUGUUCUGGUAAUUCUUUUUAAGCUCAGUUUCAGAUGCUGAGCACUGAUCAUAGUAAUACAACUGCAUUUAAUUGUUAAAUUAUGGCCAUUAAAGCCAAUGAGAAGGGUAUUUGUAAUUUGAAGGAUAGGAUUAUUUGCAUCAGGCUUUACUUUAACAGAAAAGAGUACCUUUUCUAUAUUUCAGAAUGAGUCCACUAAAAAUAAUGAAGUGAAUAAUUUUUGUCCUGAAAGUUAUGCACAUGCGUGUGCACUUAGACACAUGCAGGCAUGCAUUAUACACACAAUUGUAAUGUAUUUGAUGAUAUUUUCCUAGGUACAUCUGGUAGUUAAUUUAAUCCAUUUUAAAUUCUUCUUAAAGGUCAACUGUUAAUGACUUGUUAAAUCCAAGUUAUUCUCUGCUGUCACUGGAAGUCAACUGCUUAUUAAUUUCAUUCCACUUUUGUAUGCAUUUUUGUGGUUCAGUUGUAGUGUAUGCAAUGUCCCAAUGACCGUCUUGUUGUAAAACUACUGUAAAUGGUUUGAAACCUGAAGAAGUGUAAAUUCUAUUUUGGCUGUAUUUUUAAAAAAAAUAAAUUGUAACUUUUAUUAUA